AAAACGAAGGUCUCGAUUGUCUUAUAGAGAUCUUAAAAGAUAUAGAGAAUGAAGUUAAUGAUAAAGAACGUAAACAACAUCUUAAAUCUUUGCAGAAUAUUAACCAAUGUAAUGCAAUUAAAAAAACGACAUAUUGUCAGCGAGAAUCUCUUCCAUUACACCUACGUUUCAUUAAAAGCAUGGGAUUCUUACGAGGAAAAUUCGAAGAAGAAGUAAAUUGGAAAACUGUAACAUUAAAGAAUAUAAUGCUUUUAAAAGAUAAAAUCAAAAAGAAAGAAACACCAGCACACGAACAUAUUCUUACAGUAAUAAACAAUAUUGAUAUUAAUAAAAUAUCAAAUGAUGAUCUGUUAUGUAUUGGGGUAAUAGAUCUUAGCUUAGAGAAAUAUAAUAUACUGGAAAGUAAUUAUGAAUCCCUUGUUGAAGAGAAGGCCAACAUAAGAAACUUAAGCAAAGAUGUGAGAGUAAAGAAAAUAUGCAACGAUUUUUUAUCAAAAAGGAAUGAAGUCCAUAAAUUACAGAAAUUUGUGUUGCUUUUGAGAGAUAUAGUAACGUAUGAUCAAUGGAUUGAAGAUGAUCAUAUUAAGAAAUGCGUAGCUAUUUCUGAGGAAUCUGAGAAUAUACUAGUAGAAAUUAUAGCUCGUUUAAUAGACAUAGUCAUGUAUCAUUUACCUGUAGACUAUGAGGUUGAAGUUACUAGGGCUGAACGUCAAAGUAAAGCCAGUAAAAACUGCAAAGUUCAGCAAAAAAGUAGAUUGAGAGGAGAUAAACCAGAUCUCAUAUUUUGUGUUUACCUUCGCCAAAAGUGGAAAGAAAUCAUUUUCUUUGAAAGUGGGAAAUGGAAUGCUGAUGAAGAUAAAAUCAAUCACGACCAUAAUAAAUUAGUGCAACUUUGUUUAGAUGGGUCUAAAGAACUUGUAAAAAAAUACACAAAAGAAACCUUCUAUCGAAAUUAUAUAAGAUUUAGUAUUAAUAUUGCAGUCGUUAAAGCAAAAAUACCCCUCAAUAAAGAAUUAGUUGAGAAAAUCGAAGAGUUCGUUCAUGCUCUAUUAGUUUUGCGAAAUGGAAUUAUCGUAAAUUUACAGAGUAUUAUAAAUAGUUUUCAAAAAAGAUCAAGGAAGACGAGUGAUAUAAGUCCUCCUUCACGUGAAGCUGGAAGAUUAAGCAAGAAAAAUAGUGUGAAUUUCUAA